ACUAAUUUUGGGGUGUUGUAGGCCACUCUGUCGCCAAUGCAAUGUUUUGGGAAAUGAAGAGACACGUGUAAAAUGGGAGACGCAGGAAAAGUGAAGAAGUUCGGCUCCAACAGCGUGGAAAUAGAGGAGUUUGGUCCCCAGCUGAAGCUGUUGAAGGCAAACGAUCAGAUAAGAGAACUUCAGACGAUUAUUAGAAAUAAAUCAACAUCAAGAGGAGAUUUUGUAUUCUAUGCCGACAGACUAAUCCGACUAGUCGUUGAGGAGGGUUUGAAUCAGCUGCCGUACAGAAAUGCGGUGGUGACUACACCGACCGGUUGCAAGUAUGAAGGGGUGCAGUUUGAACAUGGCAACUGUGGAGUCAGCAUCAUGAGAAGUGGCGAGGCCAUGGAACAGGGUCUGCGUGACUGCUGCCGCUCCAUCCGCAUCGGCAAGAUCCUCAUCAGAAGCGACGAUGACACCAACGAGGCCAAAGUGUUCUAUGCCAAAUUCCCUCCGGACAUUCACAAGAGGAGAGUCCUGCUCAUGUACCCCAUAUUAAGUUCCGGUAAUACCGUCAUCCAAGCUGUGCGAGUCCUUGCAGAGCACGGAGUCAAAGACAACAUGAUUGUGCUGCUCACCAUUUUCUGCACACCAAACGGUGUGAAAUCCGUCAUCAACAAGUACUCUGGAAUCAAAAUUCUCACAUCGGAGGUCCACCCAGUCACACCGAACCACUUUGGACAAAAAUACUUUGGAACUGAUUGAGGGGCCCCAGGAAGUAUUAGAAUUGGUUUUGGGAUAGAGAGACGAGAGUGCCUACCAUCUGCUGAAGCGAUGGUGGUAUGCAUCAAUGUGAUCCUGACAACGGAUUUCAAGUCAGGGUCUGCAGAAUUCUUACCCACUCAAACGCCAGUUAUUUGGUUAUAUGGAUAUUUUCCAGCAUAGACAAGUUUUUGAAUACUCAUUUCCCAAGAAUUGAAAUGACUUCUGCUGCGCGGAAUAAAUGUCAAGGGCAGAUCCGGGGUGGGUGGAGGAGAGUCGGGGCAGUGCCGUCCCCCCCCCAGCCAGAUUACAUUUUUUCAGGCGAUUUUUCUGUGAUUUCAUUUUCCUCCUGUGUGAAAAUGCAACAUCACCCCUCAGAAAGGUCGUAAAGGGUUAUUAAAAAAAAUUCCAAAUUCUUUGCGUUAUUGUGGAGGGAGGGAUUGAAACAGACUGGAGAAGGGUUGACGGGCAAUUUUUCCAGCUUCACAGAUGUCCGACUUGAGUUCUGCAAGCCGUAGUGGGAUUAAACUGUGAAACUAUAUUUCUUCUGUCCUGUAUGUACUUGUAAAUAGCUUAUUAGACCAGGGAAGGUAGCAUGUGGUUAAACCUCAACUUCUUUCAUAUUUAAGACGUCCUGUAUAAAAAUCCCCGUAGCUGUGCUGAGAGCACAGAAGUUUUACUAGUCUCCCAGAUGCAGCAGUAAAUGUAUGUCAUAGCUUUAGCGCCCACUUGUAUCAUACCAAAAUAAAGACACGUUAACAAA